AUGGAGAUUCCGCCGCCGGUGGCUCGGGGACUAGAUUCUCACCCUCCUGGUGGUUUCCUAAAUAUUUUGAAGAGCACACCACAAGCUGCGAGCAAUGGGAGUUCAUCACAAGCAAUACAUAUUGAUGUUGACAACAAUACUAGGACUGAAAAACAGCUGACAUGGACAAAAAGGAGGAUCUUAGAUUGGAAUUACAUUGCUUGGGUGAAUAAUUCAAAUGAUCCAAUCCAAGCCAAUUUUAAGAAGAAUGAUCAAUCUUUGGAAAGGUGUUGCCGAUAUCUUGAAGAUGAGCUUAACAACUUUUUAGAUGCUCAAAAAGCAGCAAAUGAAGGGCGUGCAGAGAUGUUAGAAACACAAAGGCGUGUGUCCAGUGAGAAGCUUGAAUCUCGGAGGCUUGCUCACCUUGCAGCAAAAGAGCACAAGGAGGCAGUUAUGCUAGAAACAUAUAGAUCAUUAUUGAUGCAAAACACAACCGGAAUGCCUGAAGAUGUGAAAGCUGAGCAUAUGUUGGCAUUGAAGUGCCUGAGGGAGAGCUUAUUUAACAAAAAUGACUGA